CACACAUGUACAUCACUCUCUCUGAAGGAAACAAUGGCAGCUAGCUCAGCUUCCAAAUGGGUUUCUCUACUCUGCACUUUAUCAAUACUAUUAUUAUUAAUGUGUAUUGAGCUUACUGAAUGCAGUGUAACUUAUGACAAGAAAUCUCUCAUCAUCAAUGGCCACAGAAGAAUACUCAUUUCUGGUUCCAUACAUUAUCCUAGAAGCACCCCUGAAAUGUGGGAAGAUCUUAUUUACAAAGCUAAAGAUGGAGGCUUGGAUGUUAUUGACACUUAUGUUUUCUGGAAUGGCCAUGAACCUUCACCUGGCAAUUAUAAUUUUGAAGGAAGAUAUGAUUUAGUCAGGUUUGUAAAGCUGGUUCAGAAAGCUGGGAUGUAUAUGCAUCUUAGAAUUGGACCAUUUGUAUGUGCAGAGUGGAAUUUUGGGGGUAUUCCUGUUUGGUUGAAGUAUGUUCCUGGAAUCAGCUUCAGAACUGAUAAUGAGCCUUUCAAGAUGGCAAUGCAAAAGUUCACCACAAAGAUAGUGCAAAUGAUGAAAUAUGAAAAGUUGUUCGAGUCUCAAGGUGGCCCAAUCAUCCUUUCUCAGAUAGAGAAUGAAUAUGGGGCAGAUACUCAAGCAUAUGGUGCAGCUGGUCAUGCUUACAUGACUUGGGCUGCUAAAAUGGCUGUCGGUUUAAACACCGGUGUCCCUUGGGUUAUGUGCAAGCAAGACGAUGCUCCUGAUCCUAUUAUAAAUACUUGCAAUGGGUUUUAUUGUGAUUAUUUCACUCCAAAUAACAAAGAAACCAAACCCACAAUGUGGACAGAGGCUUGGAGUGGCUGGUUCUCGGAUUUCGGUGGACCUCUUCCCCAUCGGCCCGUUCAAGAUUUGGCCUUCGCAGUGGCCCGGUUCAUUCAAAAGGGAGGUUCAUUCACAAACUAUUACAUGUAUCAUGGAGGAACGAACUUCGGAAGGACAGCAGGAGGCCCGUUUAUCACCACCAGCUACGAUUAUGAUGCUCCUAUAGAUGAAUACGGUUUGCUUAGGCAGCCAAAAUAUGAUCACCUAAAGGCGCUUCAUCGAGCUAUCAAAUUAAGUGAGCGAGCCAUUGUCUCUGCUGAUCCCGCUUUCGUUUCCUUAGGAAACUAUGAACAGGCACAUGUGUUUUCUUCGAAAACUGGAGGUUGUGCCGCGUUUAUAGCCAACUACCAUAUCAACUCAUCGACGAGCGUUAGAUUCAGAAACAGGCGUUACGAUCUCCCACCAUGGUCCAUCAGCAUUCUACCUGAUUGUAAAACUGUUGCUUUUAACACUGCCCAGGUCGGCUCAAAAACAUCGUUAGUUAAUUGGUUGCCCACAAAUGUGAAUAGACUCGCUUGGCAAACUUUUAGUGAAGAUGUUUCGACUGUUGAUGCUGAAUCCAAGAUGACGGUUUCUGGGCUGUUGGAUCAGUUGAGUGUAACUAGAGAUGCAAGUGACUACCUUUGGUAUUCAACCAGUGUUGUGAUAAAACCAUAUGAAUUACACCGGAACGUUGUUCCCACUCUGAGCGUGGAAUCCGAAGGUCAUGUUUUACAUGUUUUCGUUAACGGGCAGCUCGCAGGUUCGGCAUUUGGGAAUCAAGACAGUAAAAAAGUAUCGUUCACCGGAAACGCCAAGUUAUGGGCCGGAGUGAACAAGAUUCAACUGCUUAGUGUUGCGGUUGGGUUACAAAAUAACGGGCCGCGUUUUGAGCAAUGGAAAACUGGAGUUUUCGGGCCCGUGGUGUUGCAUGGGGUAGGUAGUGGUUCGUGGGACUUAUCUCGUCAGAAAUGGUCAUACCAGGUUGGCCUGAAAGGAGAAUCCAAAAACAUAGCAUCGUCAGUUGGGAUUUCAGAGGUAGAUUGGGCAGAAUCGGCCGUAGGACAAGUGCACAGGCCACUUACGUGGUACAAGGCUUAUUUCAACGCACCAGCAGGGGGUGAGCCUUUGGCCAUUGACAUGAAGAGCAUGGGAAAGGGUCAAGUAUGGAUCAAUGGUCAAAGCAUCGGAAGAUAUUGGACGGUUCAUGCAAAAGGUAGUUGUUCGGGCUGCAACUAUGCUGGUACAUAUCGACCAACCAAGUGUCAAACCCGUUGCGGGAAACCAACUCAAAGAUGGUACCACGUUCCUCGAUCUUGGUUAAAACCUACCCGAAAUUUGAUAGUUGUGUUUGAGGAAAUAGGCGGUGACGCAUCAAGGAUUUCUAUUAUGAAACGAACGUUAAAGUGACGAGUGUAUAUAGAAGGAAGAUCAAUACACGAUGAUGAGUUUAUCGCGGUCUCUACGUUGCAGAAGACCUAGAAAAAUAUACGAUUCUUUUAAGAAACGAAGAAAAUCUUGAUCUGGUGUAGUAUGUAUGCAUGCCAUUAUCUAAAAUCAUCAUUGUGUUAGAAAGUAUUUAUAAGAAGUGAUAAAAGUGAGCCAAAAGAUUGUAAGACACCAUAGCUGAAAGUUGUAUUCUACCUUCAAAUGAGACUUGAGUUUACUUGUGGGACACUCUUUGUACCAAGUGUCACAAUAGUAAAUUAUACUCUAGUAUGUGACACAAAUCCCGUGUACUGCUAAUAUUGUCUGUUUUGUUCA